AUGAACUCUACUACAAAUAACAAUGAUGAUGAUGAUGACACUAUGUUUAACAGUGAUAUGUUUGUCAACAGAGACUAUGUAAAGAAGAAGAUAGUCGUCAAUAACAUUGAUAUAAAUGUAUAUUUACUAAACUCGGCUGCAACUGACUAUGAUCUUACAGGACAAGUAAUAUGGCCAGCAGCAUCAAUGUUAACACAUUAUAUUGUCAAUGACGUCGAUCGAUAUAGCAAUGACAACAAGGUGUUGGAGGUUGGAUCAGGCGUAGGCAUAUGUGGAAUGUUCCUCGCCCGUCUGGGCAAACAGUGCGUGAUGAGCGACUAUCAUGAUGUUGUGCUCGAGUUGCUCGAAAAGAAUGUACAGCAAUCCAAUGAUGACGGCUAUCCAAUCGAGAUGCUAAAGCUUGAUUGGGGCAACCAGGAGGACAUUGCUACGCUCAAGCAAGCUUCGACAGGUGGUGAUGGAUACGACACCAUCAUUGGCUCUGAUGUUGUCUACUGGCGCACCAGCAUCGAUCCAUUGUUCAACACGAUCAAUCAGCUAUUGUCACAUCGGGACCAUGCUCAAUUCAUUCUCUGCUACCAAUCACGAUCGACACAGACCGACGAGUAUCUCCUCGAGAUGGCCAUCAAGUAUGGCUUUGCAUUUGAGCCUCUAGAUCCAUCGGCAAUCAUCCAAUCAACGACGUCGUCUCUGGGACUCCAAUCGUACGAUGAAUACCAGCUUUCUGUUAUGAGAUUUAUUGUGUUCAAGCGAUCCAGCAACAAGCAACAACAAUCAUCA